CAUCAAUGGUACAAUACGAAAACAGCACUGCCAGGCAACAGAGUCAACGUGGUCGUACGAGCGCUGAGAAGUACGCAGAACGUCAGGCUUAUCUUACACCACAAACACCAUCAACCACCCACUGACAACUAAGGCUCAAGAUGGUAGCCACCUCCCCUCUGGAACUGCCCACACUGACAGUGUCCGACCCUGUUCGACGCAAGAAGAUAUUGGAACGUCUCUCGCCCCUGAUAUUGACCCCAGGACAACAGCAGAAGAUACAUGAUAUUUUCCUGGACGAGAUGCGUCUUGGUCUUGCUGCUAAACCAGAGAAGGAAUCAUCUCUCCUGAUGGCGAACACUUUUAUUCCUGAACUACCAGAUGGCACAGAGAAUGGUGAAUACCUGGCUCUGGAUCUAGGUGGCACUCACUUCCGGGUGAUAUACGCCCACAUGAAGAAUGGAAAAUUUGAUGAAGAGAUCGUGGACUACUACCAUGUCCCCUCUGAGAAACGUCUUGGGCCAGGCGAGGAACUAUUUGACUUCCUGGCUGAGUGUAUUGCCAAUUUCAUCCAGAAGCGACAGCUUGGAGGUCGUAAUUUUCAGCUAGGUUUUACCUUCUCUUUUCCAAUGAUACAGAAGAGCCUUGAUGUAGGCAUCCUGGUUUCUUGGACUAAGUCAUUCAACUGUCCUGGGGUUGUUGGUGAGGAUGCUGUCCGGAUGCUCAAUGAUGCCAUCAAAAGACAAGGAGGCUUAGAUAUAACAGUUACAGCCAUUCUCAAUGACACCACAGGAACUUUGGUCAUGGGAGCAUACCUGGAUAAGCGAUGUGCUAUGGGUAUGAUCCUAGGGACUGGAUGCAAUGGCUGCUACAUAGAAAAAGUGGAGCGUAUUGAAAAGUGGCUUGGAAAACACAAAGAAUCUGAGGUCAUCAUAGACAUAGAGUGGGGAUCAUUUGGAGAUAAUGGGGUCCUGGAUUUCAUCAGGACUCAGUGGGACGACGCUGUUGAUAACCAGUCACUUCUUGUCCACUCAUACACGUUUGAGAAAUACUUUGCUGGCAAGUAUUUAGGAGACCUGUUCCGGGAGGUGCUGCUGACACUUGCCAAGGAAGGACUUUUUUGCAGUGGAGGUAUUGAUAUUCUCAACACCCACGGGGCCAUCACUGCCACAAACGUUUCCAACAUUGAGAGUGACAGCUUCAAAGGUGUGACAGAUGAGACAAAGGCGGUAUUUGACAACCUGAACCUGAUUUAUGAUGAUGAUGAUCUUCACAUUGCCCUGUAUGUUGCAGGCAUUUUAUCCUACAGAGGAGUCCUACUAGUCUCCUUGUUAAGUGGUAUUCUGCUGGAGAGGAUGAAGCAUGACCACUGCACCAUUGCCAUUGAUGGAUCCCUGUUCCAACAUCACCCGAGGUUUCGUCCACUCAUGGAAAAGUUCAUCUCAGACACUGCCCCGGGUAGAUCUUUUGAUCUCCGGUUGGCACAUGACGGGUCUGGGAAAGGUGCUGCCCUGACUGCCUCCAUCGCUGAGAGACUUAAAAAGAGGUCAUCAAGGUAACCCUACUGAUAUGUAAGUGAGAGUUACUAUAAUGCAGGUCAUCAAGGUGAUCUCUUUAAUAAUUAUCUGAGUUUUACUAUGGUAGAAGUCAUCAAGUUAACCUCACUAACCAAUGUCUGAGAGUUGUUGUCACACGACAAUUUCAUAUUUGUCAACACAGCAUCUUGUUAUGUGUAUUUUCUUGUUAUGACUGGUCCUAGUGGUUCCCAGUCCCAAUGCCUUGGUUAGGUUGGGGCUAAUUUAGACAGCUCUUUAAGAUGCAGCUUUUCAUGUGGUGACUAAAUAAAUGAAGAUUUCUGUAUUUCAAGUAGUGCUUUAAAAACUUGGAUAUUUAGGAAUUAUAUUAUUUUCCAAAUAAAUUUGAUAUUAUUUUUAA